UUUUCAUCCUUUCGAGAGUUCUUUCUUUUUAUACCCUUUUGUUUAAUGCCAUUCGCUGCAAACAACAGUCUUCUCUUUAUAUAACACCCCACUGUUGAGUGGUGAGUCAGUCUUCUCCCCAACCAAAGGAAACCUCAGUACCCUUCUUUCUCUGAAAACAUGGCCAAUCUCAGCUGGGGGAUUGGCUGGCUCAAAACCUUCAUUGUUGCAGUUAGCCUUUAUGCUGCUGUUGUUGCUGCAAAUUUUGGGGACUCAGCUGCCCAGAGGCAGCUAGACAAGGUUUUGGAGCUACCAGGUCAAGACUUCGAUGUCAGCUUCGCCCAAUAUUCUGGGUAUGUUACAGUGAAUGAGAAGGCUGGGAGGGCUUUAUUCUACUGGUUCUUUGAAGCUGUUGAGGAUCCUGAGUCCAAGCCUCUCAUACUCUGGCUCAAUGGAGGACCUGGGUGUUCCUCCAUUGCUUAUGGUCUGGCUGAAGAAAUUGGCCCAUUUCAUGUGAAGCCUGAUGGUGCCUCACUUUAUCUCAACCCUUACUCCUGGAAUCAAGCUGCCAACAUUCUGUUCCUUGAUUCUCCUGCUGGAGUGGGUUACUCAUAUUCAAACACAUCCUCAGAUAUGGUGACAAGUGGAGAUAAAAGGACUGCUGAGGACUCCCUAGAGUUUCUGAUCAACUGGUUUGAGCGCUUCCCAGAGUAUAAAGGAAGGGACUUUUACAUUACAGGAGAGAGCUAUGCUGGUAGAAUGACUUCAUAUAUCUCUUCCUAAUGUUGUACAUUGAUUUCUAGUCUACAUUUUACUAGCCAAGUCUGUGGAUGUAACUUGUGAGAAUGUGGUGGCUCUUUGAUCCAGGGCAUUAUGUUCCUCAGCUAAGCCAAGCUGUUGUGUGGCAUAACAAAGCCACUAAGUCCCAGACAAUUAACCUUAAGGGAUAUAUGGUGGGAAAUGCUUUGACAGAUGAUUACCACGACCAUUUGGGGGUCUUCCAGUUCUUAUGGGCAGCUGGAAUGAUCUCUGAUCAGACCUACAAGCAACUCAAUGAUGCUUGUGAUUCCGUUUCCUUCAUCCACUCGUCACAUGCUUGUAAUCGAUAUCUUGAUAUUGCGGAUCAAGAAGUCGGACACAUUGAUCCUUACAGUGCCUUCACCCCUCCCUGCACUCCCAAUAUCAGCCAGUCCAACCAGCUGCUCAAAAGAAGGCGUGUAAUCGGCACUGUUAGAGAGAGGUAUGACCCUUGCACAGAGAAGCACUCUACUGCUUAUUUCAACCUGCGAGAGGUUCAGGAGGCUCUCCAUGUUCCAGCUGAACUUGCACCAUCCAAAUGGGAGACUUGCAAUAACUUGAUAAAUGAGCAUUGGAAGGAUUCUCCAAGUUCAGUGCUUGAUGUUUAUAAGGAGCUCAUCCAAGCAGGGCUUCGCAUAUGGAUGUUCAGUGGCGACACUGAUACAGUCAUCCCAGUCACAUCCACCCGGUACACCAUCGAUGCUCUUAAGCUUCAAACGGUGAAACCUUGGCGCGCUUGGUAUGACGAUGGAGAGGUUGGAGGAUGGACUCAAGAAUAUAAUGGACUUACAUUUGUUGCUGUUCGUGGAGCUGGCCAUGAAGUCCCCCUGCACAGACCAAAACUAGCCCUCACGUUGGCCAAGUCUUUCUUAGCUGGAUCGUCGAUGCCGGCAGCUGCUUCUCUUGAACUGGUCAGUGAUUCUUGAAGUCUUGGAAACGAUUCAUCGGGAAAUGGCAGAACAAAUUGUUUCCCAGCACUUCAUUCCUGAAGUCACACAGAUUUGGACACUAGAGAGGAUGUCAUUUACUCACGAAUUAUGUACUUGAACUAGAAAUAAGAAGUUUAACAGAACUUUUCCUUAUCUGUUGCGGAUUGGUAUGCUGCAAUUAAUUCUAGGGCCGGGUAUCAAUUGGCUAAAUCGAAACUGGAUCGACUUUAAACGUCUAGAUCGAGUCGGACUAGAUUGUUCCUCUUAUAACAACGAAAAGGAUCGAAGUACAUUGCAGCCACAGUAAGCAAAGCUACUGAAGAGGUGAACACUACAACAAAUCUCUAAUGUGGAGGACUAAACUCUACAGUAACCGAACUUCCUUUCGAACAAGCGCCGCAAAAGAUAAAAUUGUAGGCAACUCGAUCCAACAAGUGCAACUGAUUCAAACAUCGCCUUAUGAGUUGCUCUUCGGUUCAAGUCAUUGUUCACUCUUGCUUGGCGUUCUGUUUCGGCCUCAAGCCAGUGUUGUUCAAACUGAAUGUUGUAGAGCGCCUCCUCGAGUUUGGUUAUCUCCUCCAUCAACGGCCAGAAAUGCUCAUUUCUGGCAUGUUCGUCAUGGAAAGUGAAGUGAGAGACAUGAACGUCGAAAUCAAUGGUUUCAUGAUAAGGAGACUUGUUGGUGAAACAGAAACGGUAAACCCCUGUGUAGUAAACCACAAACUCAUACUUCUCACUUGUCUUGUCUUUCAUUUCGUGGACGACAAUUCCAGGUGGUGCUGUUAUCUAAUUAAUCGCCACCAUGCGGAAAACCCGUCACUAAUGAUCAACUAACACGAGCAAG